GCCCCGUUGUGAGGUUAUAAAGCGCGCGCGCGGCGGCGCUAGGCGCCGUGGCCGCGCUUCGCUUGCUUUCUGCUUGCCUAGGGUGGCAGCGGCUACCUAUCUCGGCUCUCGACCUGCUGCCGCCACGGCCUGGGCGCUGUCCCUCGGCUCCCGGAGCUCAGCGCAAAGCCCUGGCCCCGGCGGCCGGGGCAUGGGUCAGGGGCGCGACGUGAGGUGGCUUUCUGCACGGCCGUGACGUGCACCGCCUUCAGCAUGAAGACCCUCAUCGCUGCCUACUCCGGGGUCCUGCGGGGUGAGCGUCGGGCCGAAGCUGCCCGCAACGAAAACAAGAAUAAAGGAUCUGCCCUGUCACGAGAGGGGUCUGGGCGAUGGGGCACUGGCUCCAGCAUCCUCUCAGCCCUCCAAGACAUCUUCUCUGUCACCUGGCUCAACAGAUCCAAGGUGGAAAAACAGCUACAGGUCAUCUCAGUACUACAAUGGGUCCUCUCCUUCCUGGUGCUAGGAGUGGCCUGCAGUGUCAUCCUCAUGUACACCUUCUGCACUGACUGCUGGCUGAUAGCCGUGCUCUACUUCACCUGGCUGGCAUUUGACUGGAACACGCCCAAGAAAGGUGGCAGGAGAUCGCAGUGGGUGCGAAACUGGGCUGUGUGGCGCUAUUUCCGAGACUACUUUCCCAUCCAGCUGGUGAAGACACACAACCUGCUGACCACCAGGAACUAUAUCUUUGGAUACCAUCCCCAUGGCAUCAUGGGCCUAGGUGCCUUCUGUAACUUCAGCACAGAGGCCACCGAAGUUAGCAAGAAGUUCCCUGGCAUAAGGCCUUAUUUGGCCACAUUGGCUGGUAACUUCCGGAUGCCUGUGCUUCGGGAGUACCUGAUGUCUGGAGGCAUCUGUCCUGUCAACCGAGACACCAUAGACUACUUGCUUUCCAAGAAUGGGAGUGGCAAUGCUAUCAUCAUCGUGGUGGGAGGUGCAGCUGAGUCCCUGAGUUCCAUGCCUGGCAAGAAUGCAGUCACCCUGCGGAGCCGCAAAGGCUUUGUAAAACUGGCCCUGCGCCAUGGAGCUGAUCUGGUUCCCACCUAUUCCUUUGGAGAGAAUGAGGUAUACAAGCAGGUGAUCUUUGAGGAGGGCUCCUGGGGCCGAUGGGUCCAGAAGAAGUUCCAGAAGUAUAUUGGUUUCGCCCCCUGCAUCUUCCAUGGCCGAGGCCUUUUCUCCUCUGACACCUGGGGGCUGGUGCCCUACUCCAAGCCCAUCACCACCGUUGUGGGGGAGCCCAUCACUGUCCCCAAGCUGGAGCACCCGACCCAGAAGGACAUCGACCUGUACCACAGCAUGUACAUGGAGGCCCUGGUGAAGCUCUUUGACGAUCACAAGACCAAAUUUGGCCUUCCAGAGACUGAGGUGCUGGAGGUCAACUGACCCAGCCCAUGGGUGCCAGCUCCUGGAAGGAACGACUGCAAAUCCUUUUCUACCAAGUUCUCAAGUGCAUUUUGUUCUGUAAAUUUGGAAGCGUCAUGGAUGUCUGUGGGUUAUUUAAAAGAAAUUAUAAUUUGUUAAACCAUUGCAAUGUUAGAUCUUUUUUAAGAAGGGAAGAGUCAGUAUUUUAAGCUCACUUCUAGUGUGUCCUGCUCAAGGUAGUGGCUGACAUUUAUGGGCCCUGAUGAUUUCCUAUCCGCCCCUUCCAGUGUUCCCCAAACAACAGACACUUGGCCCUGGUUAACUGGGGAAGGAUGGCCCUUAGUGACUCAGCCACUUAGAUAAUCCUCUUUGCUCCAGGGGUUCUCAAGAGGCAGAGGCCUUGUUUUAAAACACUUCCAUUCCCACCCACAACACGUGACUACAGGGCGGGUCCUUCUUACCAAGGGGAGGAUGGAGAGGGCAUAGUUGGCCCUGUUUGGGGAGGGUGGUAGAUGACAUUUGGAAUGCCCAGCUUGAGUCUCUGCUCCUCACCUUACCCCUCUUCUCUAAUCUGAGCCUACCCUGGCCUCCUGUCUACUGUGCUGGGGACAAGGCUGUCCCAUAGGUGCCGUCUUGGGUUAUUUUGCUGCUGUUGGCUGGUUUCACUCUCGAGGCUAGCAUCAUGGACACAGCUCAGCGUUGCUCUGGAGCAUGUCCUCCCAGCCACCUGAGCUCUCCCGAGCCGCACCCCAAGUCUGGUGUGAGGAAAGGCCUCUCCUAUUCACAGAGGUGCCUGGCUUCCUGUGCAGCACACUGGGUCCAGGACAGGAGGCACCCCUAAACCAGGCCUCACAUGUGUGCCUUUAUGAGGCGUUGGGAGAAAGCCACCCCCUCUGUGUAUUCUGUUUUCUCUAUGAGAUUGUUGUGCCAUGUCACACUUUUGUAUAUUCCUAGACUAAUAAAUGGAAACAAGAACG